AUGAUAGAAUCCAAGAAAGAACUUAUAGCAAAAUGUCUAAAUGUGUAUGGAUACUGUAAUAAUAUAUUUAAUUUUUCUUAUUCAGAGGUAAGCGAAAGUGGCAGCAGCCUCAGUGGUGUGGAGGGUCGUUCUCCUGUACCACCACCUGAUGCACAGAGUAAUGGCAGUGGGAAAAAUUCUGUUAUCAUCAAUGCUUCAGAGAAGCGUUCAUUUUACUCCAGAAUCCCACCACUUGCUAAAUCUGCCAGCAAUGAAGUCAGACGAUUAUCAUCUAAAGACUAUUCUGAAGCAAAAAUUGGUAUUUUAUUUGAUCAAUACAAGGACAGUCAAUGUGACUUCAUCCUCUCAGAAGGAAUUGAACAUCUCUGCAUGGAUUUAGAUGUUAAACCUGAAGAAUUUAAAGUGUUAGUUCUGGCAUGGAAAUUUGGGGCUGAGACAAUGUGCAGGUUUAGUAGAGGAGAGUUUGUGCAUGGAUGCAAAGCCCUCAGAGUGGAUUCUAUAAAAGGUAUACAGUCCAAAUUUUCAGAUAUGCUGCUUGAGGUCCAGGAUCCAGAGAAAUUCAAAGACCUGUAUAGAUUCACUUUUAAGUUUGGCCUGGAUGCUGAUGCCAGCCAACGAAUCCUACCGUCCGACAUGGCAGUGCUGCUAUGGAAGCUUGUUUUUUCACAGUGUGAGCCUUCUAUUUUGAAGAGAUGGUUGACGUUUCUUGAAAGACAUCCAAAUAUCCGGGGCAUUCCCAGAGAUACCUGGAAUAUGUUCCUAAAUUUUACAGAAGCUGUAGGGGAUGAUUUAAGCUCAUAUGAUGAUACAGAAGCUUGGCCUAGCCUUUUUGAUGACUUUGUUGAAUAUGAAAAUGAUCAAUUGAACCAAAAUAUAACGAAGGAUCUAAAAGAAGAAAGCGAAUAAUGUCAUUUAAGUACUAGGAAAGAAUUGUUCAUAUGUGAAGAUGUUUGGUGAUAUUUUUUCAGAAGAUAUGAGUGAAUUUUGUCCUUUUUGUCUUUCUACAAAGUGCUCAUUUUUAAUAUAGUUUAGAAAGUUUUGCUCCACUAUUGCCAUGACCUUAAUUAUAUAUGAAUGAUAUAAGAUACUUAAUACAGUGCUAUGAUUAACAUCUUGAAAGGUUGCUUGAGAAUGAUGUAUCCUACUGCUGCUUAGGGGACACAUGUGCAUUCCUGAUGAUGUAUACUAAUAUAAUGUGUUCAUUGUGUGAAAUGUAUUGACAAGCAAACUGCCAGCAGAUGGGUAAAACAAAGACACUUGACACUAUGGCACAAGUAAAAACUUUUGAAUCUCGUAUUGAUAAAAUUCACGCUUGAAUAAAUCAUCAUUCUUUAUUAGCUCGUCUUUCUAAGUGUUUUUGUUUUACUCAUAUGAUUUUAUUCUUAGUACAGUAUAAGCCAGAAAAAUAAGCAUUUUUAUUUUUUGUGUCCCCUGAGUUUUCCCAUGUAUUUUACUUUCUAGAGCAUAUUUGUUUUCUACUGUUGGAUGUAGAAAACUCACAGGCUACAUACAUUUAAUGAUAAUGUAAUUAUAAAGUUCUUGAUAUCUGUUGAAAAAAUUAUAUUAUCUGUAAUAAGUAUGAAAUAUCAAUUUGCAAAUUUUCUAUACAUUGUAUAUAUUAUUGUAAAAUAUACUUUGGUUACAUUUUUCUUUUUUGUCCAGUUGCCAAAUCAACGUAAAAAUGGCAACUUCAUUACCUAGGAGUCAAAUAAUGCCUCCAGCUGGUAUGGGUAAUAGCUUACCCAUACCACCUGGAAAAAUACAGAAAGUAAAUUGAUUUCAAUCUGAACAAAAAUAAUCAUUAUACUGAGUUUACUGCAGUACAAGUAUGGUAUGUUUAUUUUAACCGAUUUGCAGUAAUUGCCGUUGUAAUGGCUGUGUUACAAAAUCAUUGGUACUCAGGGUUCUUAUUAAGUAUUUGGUGUGUUAUGAUGGCUAUGUUACAAAAUCAUUGGUACUCAGGUCUUCUAUUAGUAUUUUCAGUAAUUUAAAGAGAUGUAAAGUGCAUGAAUGAUCUUUAGUUUUUAUUUAAGAAAUUGGCAGAUAGACUUUGUACUUGCAGUAAAUGUUUAUUUUAGAAAGCACAUAUGUAAAAAAUUUCUUCACCAUUUGAGCCAUUCUGAUAUUAACACUUUUACUGUCCAGACCCCUGAAAUGAAAUUUGCUCUUGUUGUCCAAAAAAUAUCCCUCCUCCCCUCUCCCCCCCCCAAAAAAUAAUUUUUUUUUUUUCAACAAGUCGGCCGUCUCCCGCCGAGGCAGGGUGACCCAAAAAAGAAAGAAAAUCCCCCAAAAGAAAAUACUUUCAUCAUCAUACAACACUUUCACCACACUCACACAUAAUCACUGUUUUUGCAGAGGUGCUCAGAAUACAACAGUUUAGAAGCAUAUACGUAUAAAGAUACACAACAUGUCCCUCCGAACUGCCAAUAUCCCAAACCCUUCCUUUAAAGUGCAGGCAUUGUACUUCCCAUUUCCAGGACUCAAGUUCGGCUAUAUAAAAAUAACCGGUUUCCCUGAAUCCCUUCACUAAAUAUUACCCUGCUCACACUCCAACAGCUCGUCAUGUCCCAAAUACUAUUUGUCUCCACUCCUAUCUAACACGCUCACACAUGCUUGCUGGAAGUCCAAGCCCUUCGCCGACAAAACCUCCUUUACCCCCUCCCUCCAACCUUUUUGAGGACGACCCCUACCCCGCCUUCCUCCUCCUACAGAUUUAUACGCUCUCCAUGUCAUUCUACCUAUAUAAGUGUGUGUGUGUGUUGUGUGU